AGGUCACCGGCGAGUGGUGGUGACGGGCAUGGGCAUCGCGAGCCCUCUGGGGCUGACGCUGGACGAGGUGGCAACCUCCCUGAAGGAGGCGAAGUCUGGAAUCUCCUUCUCCGACGAGUACGCGAGCUUCGGCAUCAAGAGCCAGGUCUGCGGGAAGGUGCCACUUACGGAAGACGAUAUGAAGAAGCUCAUCCCACGCAAGGCGCUGCGCUUCAUGGGCAGGAACGCGCAGCUCGCCUUCAUCGCGCUGCAGAACGCCAUCGAGGACGCGGGCCUGAAGCCGGAGGACUACGAGGGCAAUCCCCGCUGCGCCAGCAUCUUGGGCCAGGGCGGCACCUCCAUCGUCGACGUGACCGAGUCCGUCGGGGCGGUGCAGGAGCAGGCGAAGCGCUGGCAGUCCAAGGUGGGGCCCUACCGCGUCACGCGGACGAUGGGCUCCACGGUGUCCGCCGUGCUCUCGUCGUGGUUCAAGUGCCAGGGGCCCUCGUUCUCGAUCUCGUCCGCCUGCUCUACUGGCGCGCACUGCAUAGGGGUCGGCAUGGAGCAGAUCAUGUUCGGCAAGGCCGACAUGGCCUUCGCGGGCGCGGGCGAGGACGAGUGCUGGGAGUUCACUGCAGCGCCCUCGGCCGGCCCGGGGCGCGCAGCCGCUGCGGGGCGGGCCUCCAGGGACGCCCUGGAGACCUGGAAGUGCGGGGAGACCCUCAGCAAAGGGGGGUAG